AUGAUGAUGGCGGAGGAUCUCGGUGUGGAAGCGAAGGAAGCAUCCGUUCGCGAGGUCGCGAAGCUUUUACCUCUCCCGGAGCUUCUUCAUUCAAUUGCAUCGAUCAAAGCUGAUUACGUUUCACGCCAACAGGCCAAUGACGCACAGCUUAGUACAAUGGUUGCAGAGCAGGUUGAGCAGUCACAGGCAGGACUGAAAUCACUCUCCUUUUCUGAGAAGACAAUAAAUCAGCUUCGGGAAAACUUUCUCUCCAUUGAGAAUUUAUGUCAGGAAUGCCAAACAUUAAUUGACAACCAUGACCAGAUAAAGAUACUUAGCAAUGCAAGAAAUAACUUAAACACAACCUUGAAGGAUGUUGAAGGUAUGAUGUCCAUCUCUGUUGAGGCAGCAGAGGCUCGGGAUUCUUUGACUGAUGACAAAGAAAUUGUCAAUACUUACGAGAGGUUAACAGCUUUGGAUGGAAAGCGAAGGUUUGCAUUAGCAGCAGCAGCAUCUCACAAGGAAGAAGUUGGAAGGCUGAGGGAAUAUUUUGAAGAUGUAGAUAGAACAUGGGAGAACUUUGAGAAGACACUAUGGGAUCAUGUUGCCAAUUUCUAUAAACUUUCUAAAGAAAGCCCACAAACUUUGGUUCGUGCUUUACGGGUUGUUGAAAUGCAAGAAAUCCAUGAUCAACAGGUUGCAGAGGAGGUAGCUGAGGCUGAAGGGGAUGGUGCAUUGGCAUCAGCCACAAAUCCUCAUAGAAGUGCCAUAAAAGCUACAAGUGGGAUGUCUUCGAAAAAUUUAACACAACAAAAGUUGAAGGUUCAGGGGAAAGGCUAUAAGGAUAAGUGUUACGAGCAAAUUAGGAAGACUGUUGAAGGACGAUUUAACAAACUUCUAAAUGAGCUUGUCGUUGAGGACCUGAAAGCAGCAUUAGAGGAAGCUCGAAUGAUUGGGGAGGAACUUGGAGAUAUCUAUGACUAUGUUGCCCCCUGCUUUCCUCCAAGAUAUGAAAUAUUCCAACUAAUGGUAAAUCUGUACACUGAGAGGUUUAUUCAGAUGCUAAGGUUGCUUAGUGACAAGGCCAAUGGAUUAACAAAUAUCGAGAUAUUAAAGGUAACUGGUUGGGUGGUUGAAUACCAAGAUAACCUGAUUGGCCUUGGUGUUGACGAGUCUUUGGCCCAAGUCUGCUCUGAGAGUGGUGCAAUGGAUCCUCUUAUGAAUUCUUAUGUUGAGCGAAUGCAAGCUACAACAAGGAAAUGGUACUUGAAUAUUCUGGAAGCAGAUAAAACACAGCCCCCAAAGAAAACUGAAGAUGGGAAGCUAUACACUCCAGCUGCUGUUGAUUUAUUCAGGAUACUUGGAGAGCAAGUUCAAAUUGUCCGAGAUAAUAGCACUGAUGUCAUGUUAUACCGAAUUUCCUUGGCAACCAUUCAGGUGAUGAUUGAUUUUCAAGCAGCUGAAAAGAAGAGACUUCAAGAACCAGCUUCUGAAAUUGGUCUGGAACCUUUAUGCGCUAUGAUAAACAAUAAUUUGCGCUGCUAUGAUCUUGCAAUGGAACUAAGUAAUAGCACCAUAGAAGCUCUUCCUCAGAACUAUGCAGAGCAGGUUAAUUUUGAAGAUACUUGUAAGGGGUUUCUCGAGGUUGCCAAGGUAUAA